AUGUCCAACUUCCUACGUGACUUGAAGGCUCCCGGUGACAAAGACUUUCCUGAGGGAAGACACAUCGAUCUGGGAACCAUCGACAUCCUUCGUGAUCGCGAGCUUGGCGUUCCUCGUUACAAUGAAUUCCGCCGUCUCUUCCACAUGUCUCCAGCGAAGUCCUUCAUCGACCUUACAGGCGGCGACGCCAAGUUAGCAGCUGAACUAGAAGAGGUCUACGAAGGCGACCUGGAGGCUGUCGAUCUUCUAGUCGGUUCACUAGGCGAACCUCUUCCCAAGGGUUUUGGCUUUAGUGACACAGCCUUCCGUGUUUUUAUCCUGAUGGCUACGCGACGCAUCAAGUCUGAUCGCUUUCUGGCUGGAGACGGCUGGUGUCCUGAGGUUUAUACUCGUGAGGGGAUUGAGUGGGUACAGAAUAAUACUAUGAAGGAUGUCCUGUGCAGACACUUUCCUGAACUUGCUGCGCCUUUGCAUAAUGUCAAGAAUGCUUUUGCGCCAUGGACCAAGCUUGGUCAGACAGCGGCUUAUGCUGGACCAGAGACAAACAAGGCCAAGGUUUAA